AUGGACUCUCAGAAUGAAGACUACAAGCACUUACCAUGUAAGGAAUGGACCGAAUCCCAUGUCAGCUCCUGGCUAAAAGACAUUGGUGUGAAGACACAAUACAUACAAAAACUUAACGACGGGGAGGUUACGGGACCUGUCCUUUUGAGCCUCGAAGAGAAAUAUUUACGUGAAACCAUUGGCAUGGGCAGUGGCCAAAUCCAGUUCCUACUUUCCAAAAGAGCUGGGCUUACAAAGAAGGACCUACAGCAGCAUAAGCCACUAAAAUCAUCUCAAAAACACAUUCAAAAAUCUGCAUCUGGUGCAGCACUCACAAAGGGAUCAAAAGACGAACCUGAGAAAUCCAAAAAUCUGACUGAAAACGUACAGCCCUCCAAUGAAAAUGAAAAUCCAGACAUACCCUCCACUUCAUCUUUUCCCCUGAGCAGAUACAGAAAAUUUGAUGAAGAUGAGAAAGAUUUCAAAUACAUGAAACACUCUAUACUCCCUCCAGAGACCGGUGUUGACAAGCUAAUUGUUCCGUGCCAUGAGUACAAAUCGCUGGAGAAUGCAAGCAAGCUAGAUGCAAGAAGGCUGAAAAUCAAAUUUGCCAGUGAGGUCAUAAGGUUUGCAUGUGGGUGCAUGAACAUGCGUACAAAUGGCACAAUACAUUUUGGAGUCAUGGACAAGACCAAAACAAAUUAUAAGCAUGGAGAAGUAAUUGGAAUUCCCAUCAAAGACAAAGAGACCUUUGUAGAUGCACUGGACUACAUUGAAAACUCCUUUCUGAGCUCACAUCAUUAUGAUGCCCGAGAAUGUAUCAGGUCUCCAAAAUUUAUAGAGGUGACUGAUAAAGAGAGCACAGAACAAAACUGGGUUAUAGAGGUUGACAUUGUUCCCAUGGUAAGCAUCGUAAGAGACAAACUGUACAGAGUUCGUAUUCCAAAGUUCAAUGAGAAAGCAAAUAAAACUGAGUAUGAUCCAAAAACUCCUUAUCAAAGAGUUGGGUCCAGCACAUCAUGCAUUACUGAUGACGAUCUGGUCAGUUUCAUUCAAGCACUCAAAGACCGUGACCUAAAAAGAGAACAGGCUGAAUCCAACCACAGUCAAAUACACAGUGACUGCAAAGAGGAUCUGGGAAGGAAGCUCUCACUUCUCUUAACAGGUGGGAAAAAAUACAUGGACAACACAUUGAAUUACAUCAUUGUGACCAAUAAGUUUGAUGAAGAAAACCUGAAGAACAUUAGCUUCCUAGCUCACAUGAACAUCCUCUGUGUUUUUGACUUUGACCCUGAGUCUAAAACAUCUGGACUAUGUCAAAAAUACCAGGAGUACCACACACCGAACCCUCAUUUUCUGCAGGACUACGCAAAUGACCGCAGACUCAGCACCACUGACUUCGUCAAGAGUUUGCAACUUUUUGACAGAAAAAGCUGGAUUUUCUGUAAUGGCCGCACAGAUUACUUUGGGGAUGAAAAUCCAUGUGAUGAAAAGAGCUGGGUUAGAACCAAGAAGAAAUUGCUCAAGAGAGCGGUUUCUGUUAUCUGCAAUGAAAUUCUACCUAAAGGAUCAUUUAUAGUGGUUUUCCUACUCAUGUCAGAGAUUGAACAACCACUUGUUGAUACAUUUCAUGAAUUCUAUGCAGAAAUGAAUGGUCAUGAAGAUGUGAUCAUUAUCUCCGAGUCAGUAGAGAUUCACAAGAAAUGGUCAAACCUUGCCCAAGCUUCCUGUAGUCUUGAGACGCUUGAACAGGUCAGCAUUGUUGGCAUGUCAAUGAGUCAUGUAGAUGCAACAGUUCAAAGCAUUCAGCUUUCCAAGUGCGAGUCAACAAGAUGCUUACCAGUCUUCAGUAAAGGGCUAUGUUUCAUAAAACGGGUAGAUGAGGACAACAUGUUCUCUUUAGAAAUAGUAAGUGCUGACCAAUGUGAUGAGACAAAUCUGGACAUGAUGGACCAUGACCAAAUUAGUGAACUUGAACAGUAUUUUUAUCGGGGAGGAAAGAUUGACUGGUUGACUCUAUGGCUGGCAGACAAAGGUAAAUGUGGGGAGGUAAUUCAGCGAGAUGCUUAUGCAGAGACUGAUGAAAUUGUAGAGACACUUGUCCUUCGUGGUACAUCAGAACGGUCUGUAGAAAAUAUUACCAUCUACCACCACCCUGGAAGUGGCGGAAGUACGGUGGCUCGACAGAUCCUCUGGAAAUGGAGGAAAAAAGUGCGAUGUGCUGUUGUCAAACAUUCACAUCAAUUCUCAACAGUCUGUGAGCAUGCUACAAAACUAAGAGAGUAUGGGGAGAAAGACAAGAAUAGCUGCUUACCAGUCAUUCUGCUUUUGGAGGAUUACAAUGCAGACUACCUAGAUGAUCUCAGACAAGAAUUAAGCAAUGCAGCUGCAACCAUGAAGAUCAGUCCCUCAACUUUAUGUUUCAUUAUUCUAAGCUGUAAAAGGUCUCACGAGCCUCAAAGAAUGUGUAAAUCAUUUCCAUCACGUACAGCUGGAGUUACACACAAGCUAUCUGAUAAUGAGAAGAAACUGUUCUCAAAGAAAGCAGAGAGUCUAAAGCUCAAGUUUGAGAAACUAGAGUUUAUACUCACAUUUGUACUGAUGAGUGAAGGUUUUCAGGAAUCCUACAUCACAGACUUUGUGCAAAACCUGCUGGACAAAAUUGAUCAUUCAUCUCCUCAGACUCAGUUGAUCAAAUUUGUGUCACUGCUCAACAGUUACGUUCAGAAUUCCUUCUUAUCGGUAUCACACUGUGAAACAUUCCUAGGCUUAGGAAGUUACAUACACAAUGUCCGAUACCAGACAUUUGAGAGUUCUCUCAGUGAACAAGCCAAGCUUAUUUUCAUUCACUUAAGAGACAGUUCAACACACAUCAGCGCCAUACGGAUCAUUCAUCCUUUGGUAGCUAAGGAAAUACUGAACCAACUCUCAGCGAAACAGCCCCAGAGUACUAUAGCAAUGGAUCUCCUGCAGGACAAAGCGCUUUUUGACCAUCGGUUUGGGAGGGACGACUUUUUAAAAUUCAACAGGGACCUGUUCAUCAAACGGAAUAAAAAAAGUAGGGGGGAUCCUGAGGACACUUUAUUCUCUCCUCUGAUAGAACACGUUUGUAAUAAAGAAGACACUGAUAAGGCAAUUGAUCUUUUAAAAACAGCUUACACAUGCCUUGGACAAGAUGCCUUUGUGGCUCAGCAGCUUGCACGUGUACUGUACAAAAACAAAAGGUUCUCUGAAGCACAACACUGGGCUGGAGAAGCAAAGUCUCGCCUUCCACAUGAUACAUUCAUCCUGGAUACGGAGGGGCAAGUGUACAAGAGAUGGUUUUAUGACUUACUCGAUGCCCUUGACGAAGGCAAGGUAAAGCCUGAAGCAGCUGUUGAAAUAAUUGACAUUGCCCUUAAGGGAAUUAAAGCUUUCAGAGCCUCAGAGAAAGCACCAAAAUCAGAGACUGUUGGCCUGAACAAUUCUUAUUUUGGAGAAGUUGAUGUUGGAUGCCAACUGCUUAAGCUUUUGAAAUCAGUGGAUGUUUUUUCAACAACAGAGGGAAAUACUGAGCUAAUGAGAUACUUGCUGACAGACUACAUACCAGAGACAAUCAAAAAGCCAUGGAGUAAGUUUCAUGGUCUACUGAAGGGAUUGAAAAACAGCAUUCACAACGCGCUCGAGUGCAUUUGUGACGAUCUUGCUUACUUUCAAAUUGACUUAGGCGAGGAAGAAGAGGAGCAUGACACAAGAGAACCUGAACAAAUAUACAGUCCAAGAAAAUGGCUGAUGAGGAGAAGUGCUGUGUAUGCUGAGUUUUUCUGUGAUGUCAGUCUAAAUGAAGAACUUGGCAACAAUAACUCUGAUGUAGAUUCUGCAUUUACAAGACAGAUGAAAAUUUAUAAGCUUGGAGGGGGCAAUGCCAUAACAAUCCUAUCCCUGCUCUCAGACAAUAAAAAAGAAAGAGCUGGAGAAAAGCUAGAGGAAUUAAUUGGCCUGUUUCCAGCAAAUAUCACCCGACAAAACCUUGAUCAGAGUGAGCUUGAGAAAUUCAUCUUCUGUCAGAUUGGUCUUGCAUGUGCCGUACCUGGCUCUGGGAAGCUCCUUACACUCGGAGAACUUCAGGAUCUUAGUAUGAGGUUUUGCAGGGUGGGAAAAAACACAGCAGGAGCUAGUGCACACUUUCUUCUCUCACUCUUGUUCUGGCCAGAGGAUCAAAAGAUCAAAGAGUCAUCAAGUCCUAGAAACAAAGUACUUAUGUCUGCAAUUGAUGUCCUCCACAGAUUUUGUGAGACGAAAGCCCGAACCCCUCGAAAAGCCAGGCUUGUUACUCAUUUCUUUCUUGGAAAGGCACCAGGUCUGAACAAAAUAAUUCACAGGAGCACAAUUGAAAAGUUAAGCAAAGGCACUCUAAGUGAAAGACGGCUGAAGUGGCUUAGCGGUGAGGUGUGGACAAACCCGAGUGUUAUGCAGCUACUGAAACGGGUUGAAGGAUGGACAGAGAACGGAAAUCUUUUUGUUCAGGGAACAGUUCAGGGCAGUAAGAUCAGAGUCAUCCCUUUGUACUCAGCGUCCCUGCCUAAUGGAAAUGAAAAUGUUACCUUUUACUUGGGUUUUUCAUUUCAUGGAGUAGUAGCUUUUGACAUUAAAAUUUUGGAAUGA